AUGCGGGGGGGACAUGAGGAAGCUCUGGAUGACAGAUUAUCUGUGCGAUCCACGCCAGCAAAACGGGUCUCCCAAAAGGCGGAUCUGAUGCCGGUCAACCACAUCCAUCAGCAAGCGGCCGCCGCCGUCGAAAAGCUCCUUCGAGCCGGCGUCACCGGCAAAGGAGGAUGUACGAUCAAGGGGCUGACUCUCGCGCCGCACGUUCGAGCGAAAGCAGCAACGUACGCCGUCACUGUUGAGGCAGUCAAAUUCCUCCCAGUGCUCCUACAGGCACUGUUGAAAGAGAAGGUCGCCGUCAGGCGGCUGAACCUCCGUCCUGGGGUGAUUUAUGUCCUAGGGUACGAGAUGCUGGCAGGAAAAGGCAUCCAACCAAGAGGACGGGCAGAGCUUGCGAUGAUCAGGAUCAAAGAUGCGUUGCAAACGGCUGUCAAUCGCGUGAUCGCGGCGCAGGACUCACAGGAGUCGGCACCGCAAGGAUGUCAAAAUCACGGACGAUUCCGGUCCGUGAGAGUGAAUCUCAUAAAAAAAUCCGUUCAAGAAGCGGUCAGCUGGCUUGUGGCGCCGCCAGCGGAGCACGCCUCACUGGCCCUCCCGCUCACGGAUGUGCAGAUUGACAACAUGUUGCCAGAUGUGCUGCUUCUGCCGAAGGCAACGCGCAUGCAUGACCACCCGCUGGUCAAAAACGGGACCCUCGUGCUUCAAAGCUGGUCGAGCUGCCUCCCAGCACAUGCACUAGGUGUGCGCGACAACUGGAAGGUCCUGGACUGUUGCGCUGCUCCGGGGAACAAAACGACUCACGUCGCGUCAAUCCUGCGUGGGCGGUCCACAGUUGUCGCCUUCGACAAGAACGCAGCUCGCGUCGAAACCCUGAAGCAAAACACAGAGCGUGCGGGUGCGAGAAACGUGAUCGCUUAUGUGCAAGACUUUCUGGCAGUCGACGUCGUUGGAGAUUCUCGCCUACAGGAUGUUCAGGGAGUCAUCCUCGAUCCGUCUUGCAGCGGAUCCGGGACUUCUGCUUCGCGGCUCGAUUAUCUCACUGCAGACUCGAUUGAGAUGCACAAAAGACUAUUCGAAAUCAAGUCAGUCAAGGUCGACGAGAGCCAGCGUCUACGAAAGCUUGCGGGAUUCCAGAAGGCUGCCCUCAACCACGCGCUGCAAAUACCUUCUGUGCGACGGCUUGUAUACAGCACUUGCAGUACUCACGUCGAAGAGAACGAAGAAGUCGUUGCAGCCGUGAUCGCGCGGGCUGAAAAACUGGGUUUCUGCUUGGUUGACCCCUUCCCGAGUUGGCAUCGUCGUGGCCUGCCGGGAGUGCUGGAAGGCUCGCACCUGCUUGUGCGGGUGGACGAGCAGCAGGACGGCAGCGAUGGAUUUUUUCUGGCCUGCUUCGAACGCGCUUCAGCAAGCAAGGCAACUGCAUCUACGAUAACUUCGUCUGUUUCCCCGAAGCAAAAACCUUUUUUGGACCUCAAACUUGCGAGCAGCGGGACAGCUGACAAGUCUGUGCGGAAAAUGUCGCAUGUCGCGCAGCACUCACGCGAAGGCCAUCAUGCCAGGCUGUCUGCAGCGCUCCAGGCGGCCCAUCGAAAAAAGAAAUCCAGGCACGCACUAUGA